AAAAUAGAAAGUCACACAAGAAGCCUCCCUCCUUUGUCACCAUAAAUAGCUGCAGUUUCCGGCAAUCCCACCGUCACUUUAAAGAACCCGAUGGCGGAGAUCGACGGCGAACACCGCGCUAAUGUUGAAGAUCAAACUCAUCCAACUUCCUGUUUUCCCACUGUUCCUUUUCUUCAAAAGUUGAUUGCUGAGGUUCUAGGGACAUAUUUUGUGAUAUUCGCGGGCUGUGCGGCGGUGGUGGUGAACGCAGACAAGGAGAAGGUGGUGGGUCUUCCCGGAAUAUCCAUUGUGUGGGGGUUGGUGGUGAUGGUCAUGGUUUACUCAGUCGGACAUAUCUCCGGUGCACAUUUUAAUCCGGCUGUCACCAUUGCUUUUGCAUCUUGCAGAAGAUUUCCGGUCAAACAGGUACCAGCAUACGUAGGCGCACAAGUACUCGGGUCCACCCUAGCGAGCGGGACCCUCCGUUUAAUAUUUAACGGGCAUGAAGAUCAUUUUGCUGGAACCCUACCUGUUGGAUCUCAUCUUCAAUCUUUGGUUUUAGAGUUUAUUAUUACAUUCUACCUCAUGUUUGUUAUUUCAGGCGUUGCCACCGAUAACAGAGCAAUCGGAGAAUUAGCUGGACUUGCAGUGGGAGCUACAGUUUUACUCAAUGUCAUGUUCGCAGGGCCUAUAUCAGGGGCGUCAAUGAACCCUGCAAGGAGUUUGGGUCCAGCCAUUGUGUCGAACCAAUACCACGGCAUAUGGAUAUACAUGUUGGGUCCAACCGCUGGCGCCAUUUCUGGCGCAUGGGUCUACAACAUCAUAAGGUUCACCGAUAAGCCUUUGCGCGAAAUCACCAAGAGCACAUCUUUCCUAAGGUCUGCUGGCAGUCGCAAUGCGUCAAAACAAUGAUAUCCAACGCUCUACUUUGGUGCGUAUGUACUUGUGCUCGCGUUUAGCUUAUUUGUACAACUGUUUAUGCGCGAAAUACAGUUUUAAAUAGUUAUGUUAUUAAUAUUUAUUA